AUAAGUAAGCUUACUUAUACUGUGCUGCUGAAUCAGCAGCAAUUAGCAUUUAGCAUCAACAGUGAUCAGUAGUUGUGCGAGCGAACGCAUUUCUGCGUCCACGCAUGUCAGUCGUCGGUCGCCGGCGGCUGCGAGCCUGUCGGUAUCACCGCAGUCGUCCAACAAGUGUCAAAGUUGUUGCCGAGACAUAGUAGGAGCGAAAACAUCAGUCUCAACGUCUUCUGUCGCGAUUCUUUAUUACGUCUCUUCUACAGUAACCUUCAUUAUUACGAGCGGCACCCUGGCAAAAUGGGCAUCUGGGAAAUAAUCGAUUUCGCAUCGCUUGACCGAGACAUUCAGGAGCUGAUUAAGGAGAGCGCGGUGGUGCGUGAGAACGCGUAUUCGCCGUACAGUAAGUUCAAGGUCGGCGCCGCGGUACGAUGCGUUGACGGUAGCAUUUCACGGGGCUGUAACGUGGAGAAUGCGUCCUAUCCGGCGGGAGUGUGCGCCGAGGUCACGGCAAUCGCACGGGCCGUGUCAGAAGGGAAGCGAAAGUUUACAGCGCUGGCCGUGGUCGCUGAUCAGGAAAACACUUCGUUUACCACGCCGUGCGGAGUGUGCAGGCAGUUUAUGUCCGAGUUCGACGUAAACAUGGCCAUCUACUUGACGAGAUCCGAUAUGAAGAAAGUUCUACGGACUAAGGUGAACGAACUAUUGCCGCUCUCGCCCUUCUGCGCAAACGAUACGAAGACUUCAUAAUUUAUCCUCAUUGUUGAAGGCGAUGUUGAAACAACACGGAUGCUACAACGGAAGGCGUUGAAUUUUUCUAUGUCCAUAGUAAUUUAUCCAGAACUGAACUGAUUGUAAAUCUUGUUAUAUAUCAUAUAAUUCGGCAUAUCAGUACGAGACUUUAUUUCAAUGAAAUUAAGAUUGUGACGAUGCAUAAGUA